GCUUUGCUUGAUGGUACAAUCGAUUAUGUUGUAUCUGAUCAUUCUCCAUGUACAGCUGACCUUAAAGAAUUAGAUAAAAAAGAUGAUGAAAGAGAUUUUUUAAAAUCCUGGGGUGGCAUUUCUACUUUGCAAUUUGGAUUACCAGUGUUAUGGACUGAAGCGAAAAAACGCGGUUGCAGUUUUCAUAAUUUAUAUACCUGGUUAUCAAAAAAUACCGCUAAACAAGUUGGCUUACAGGAAAGAAAAGGUGAUAUCAAAGUAGGAUAUGACGCGGAUAUUGUAAUCUGGAAUCCUGAGGAAACCUUUACGAUUACAAAAGAUAUUAUUCAAUUUAAAAACAAAGUUACUCCGUAUAUAGGCAAAACUUUUUAUGGUACAGUUAAACAAACAAUUGUAAGAGGAAACAUAGUAUAUGAUGCUAAAAAGGGUGGUAUUAUCAGUGUUCCAUAUGGUGAUCUCUUG